AUGGAGAUGAGCUGCGAUUCUCUCGAGAAAGAUCCUAGAGAACCUCCGUCGGAAGACAGGUCGACUAAAAAAGCUAGAUUUAGAGAAGGGGAGUCUCAGUCCAGCAACCCCCCGGUCAUGUCCUUCAAGGACAAAGUUCUACAGUCUGACAGGGAAAGAGCAGGUUCUUUGGCUGGGGAUUUUGAGGAGUUUACGGUUUCCGAUUCAGAUGUUGUUGUCUACAGAGAAGGUAGUAUGCCUUCUAUCACCUUCUCUAAUCGUGUUCAAGAAGAAUUGUCCAAGCAGUGGAAAGCCACAGUUAUUGUUAAACUGCUUGGGCGUUCUAUUGGAUACAGAAGCCUAUGUAAUCGCCUAGAGUCUAUGUGGAAUUUCACUCAAGGGUUCGAUGUGAUCGAUCUCGAAAAUGACUAUUUUCUGGUUAAACUCAAAAGUGGUGGAGAUGUUGAAGCAGUCCUCACAGGUGGUCCUUGGGUCAUGUUAGGACAUUACCUAUCAGUUCAAUCAUGGAGCCCAAAAUUUGAUUGUAGAGCAGACAGGAUACAGAAGAUUCAAGCUUGGAUUAGACUUCCAGGAAUGCCUAUCCAUUACUACAAUAAGAAGGUUCUCAGAUAUAUUGGUCAGAUGGUGGGAACAGUGAUCAAAAUAGACUAUUGCACGGAAUCUGCGGAAAGGGGAAAAUUUGCACGUAUUGCGGUAGAGUUGGACCUGAGUUUGCCUCUUGUAGCUCAGUUCUCUCUGGAUGGGAAAAUUCAAAUGGUUGAAUAUGAAUGUCUCCCCAGAAUCUGUUUUAGUUGUGGUAAGUUUGGCCAUGUGAAAGAGUUUUGUCCAGAGAUCAUUGUCAAAGAUAAACCAGCGCAAGGUGGCGGUGAAGGAGGUCAGGUGAGUCAGGAUAGGCCGGUGACUACUACUGGUGGUGAAACAAACCCUAAUUUUGGGCCUUGGAUGAUGGUCAGUAAAAAAGGAAGGUCAACCAAUUUCCAAGGUAAAAAGAAUAAUUACCAAGCGGAGAAUUCCAGUAAAGGAACAAAUCUGAGGGGAUCGAGAUUUCAAAUUUUGGAAAGAGAUAAUGAUGAAGAUUUGAAUAUCCCAGCUAAAGAUCAGAACGUGGGCGAGGAGUAUAUAGAUUUGGUUCCUAACUUUCAGCAUACCAUUCGCAAGGUCACUGACCGCAUUUCUCAUGCAAAAAAAGACUUUACUGCCCCUACAGGUAAAAGUGACAUUCUAAAGGAUGUGAGUAACGUUAUUGGCCCAGUUAAUAGGGCCACGGGCCCAUCUAACACAGGAAAAAGUCGUUAUGUUGUGAAUAAGGCCAAUACGUCGUUGAACAUGCAAAAUCACUCAGCUGUUACGGUAUAUUACACCUCAGCUAAGGAGAACAACAAUUCCAUUCCAGCCGUCUCUUCUCAUGGUUCCAAGGACAGACAUAGCCAGAUGUUGGAUGACCCUGGACCUCCGGCGGGAAAUACAAUCAAAACUGGAGAGUUGAUCACUAAGUCGAACUGUGGAAACCAAGAUGAUAUGAAUAUUGUGGAGGUAGACUCGAUGGAGGAGGUAGUUGAGACUAUCGAUGUCAAUUCUAGCGAAGAUGUUGAGAUGCAUGGGGACGAUGUUGCCCAGGUCUAG